AUGAAAGUUCUUUUUGCUAUUCUUCUAUUGUUUUUCAUUGCUUCACCUAGCUUGGUAAAAAUUAAUGCAGCUAAUGAUCUUUGCUUCAAUGUUUUUCAGUAUGGUGCCAAGGGUGAUGGUGUUGCCGAUGAUUCAAAUGCUUUUCUGAAAGCAUGGCAAGAUGUUUGUGCUGCAGAGGAUACACCAACACUAUUCAUACCCGAUGGCAGCACAUUCAUGUUGCAACCUGUGUCGUUUUCAGGUCCUUGCAAAUCUGCAACCGUUAACGUUGUGCUUGAAGGAACUCUCUUAGCCCCAGGAAGUGUUGAGAAUUGGGAUUGGACAACUAGUCGUAACACUGAAGCAUGGAUCCAAUUCAGACACAUAAAUGGUCUUGUUGUUUAUGGAGGAGGAACAAUUGAUGGCCAAGGUGCUCCCUGGUGGAUAAAGUAUGGCAAAAAUGACCAAGACAGGCCAAGGGCUCUUCAAUUUUCUGGUUGUGAUAAUUUACAACUUGCCGGGUUGACUCACGUAAAUAGUCCAAAAAAUCAUAUAAGCAUAGAUUCAUGCAACGGUGUUGCUGUAUCCGAUCUUUAUAUAACUGCACCAGAAAGUAGUCCCAACACUGAUGGGAUUGAUAUUGCAUCAUCAUCCAACGUCUUCAUUGAUCGUUUAAAGAUUGCAACUGGCGAUGAUUGCAUAGCCAUCAACAGUGGUUCUAAAUUCAUCAACAUAAGCGAUAUUUCUUGUGGACCUGGUCAUGGCAUCAGUAUCGGAAGCCUUGGAAAACAUGGAGAAUUUGGUUCGGUAGAAGAAAUAUAUGUAAAACGAUGCACUUUCCAAGGAACAACAAAUGGAGUUAGAAUCAAAACAUGUCCGGGAGGAACGGGGUAUGCAAAAAAGAUAACAUAUGAAGAUAUCAAUAUUGUUGGAGGGUACAACCCUGUGAUUAUUGAUCAGGCAUACGAGGGUUCAAUUGAUGAUUUAAAACGUGAAUCCUUAAAAGUUAGUGAUGUUACUUUACGCAACAUUCGGGGAACAACAAAUGAUAAAGAAUCAAUUACGCUGAAUUGUGCAAGUGUUGGUUGCACUAAUAUUGUACUUGAAGAUAUCAACAUAAACAGUGUUAAUGGUGAAUCAUCUGCAUCAUGUAUCAACGUACAAGGGACUUGCAAUUCCUGUAACCCAACAGUCUCGUGUCUUAAUUGA